AUGCGUGCCAACAGCCGUCGAGUAGCACUCGACUCGAGUGGGUGUCGUCUCCGUCGUCGCCAACCAGCGGACGAUCCGGAAGUCGCUCCCGUCUGGAAAACGGCGACGGCGACGAUCACUUCCACUGCGUGUAACGCAACGGAAGUUUGUUUGAUUUUUGUAUCUUUUGUUCGGGUUUUCGACGACGUCCUCUCGGCUCCGUUACCAUCACCGCAUCACCUCAGUUUGUGUGCUGCCUCACUGUAA